AUGAUGCUUUCUCAAGGCUUCUCACUGCUAUGCCACUUACUGCUGUGUGGGAUGUGUUUGGGCACAGGCUGGCUGGCACAGAGUGGGGAUACGUGUUCUGAUCUGUUGCCCCAGUACACGUGGGCUGAAGAACUCUCUCUUUCCUUGUUCCCUUCUUACUCCUUAGCUCAAGGACUCUCCAGGGACUCCGAUAUUUGCCUUCGCCUUCUGGUUGAAUUUGCCAACAAUAGUGCUGCCCUCAGCAGUUGCCUGGUCACUAAUGCCAGGCCAGUCAGACUCUGCCAGCAUUGCUACACUGAAUAUGUGCAGCUUCAAACUACUAUGCAAAGCAUUGAGACUCCCAUGCAGAAUGGUACAGUCAGCUGUGAUACCAGUCUCCUGCAAUCUGACAGAGUUCAAGUGGUUGUUAUUCUAAAUGACUUUUUUGAGCAGACCUGGGAAGAAUCAAAAUGUUUACAGUGCUUACAGAAUCAAAGCCAGAGCUUGCUGAACACCACAUGUGAAUUCAUGGAUAUGUUUCUUAGUCUACAAACCUGUUUUAAAUUGAAUAUGAAGGAGCCAAUAGUUGUGACACAGCAAGGCAACUAUUCUAGUGUUUGCAGAAAUUGCAGUAAGAAUUACAGAGAACUUAAUGAUCUGUACAGCAAACUAGAGAAGGAAAAGGCUCUGUGCAUUGACUUGGAAGAUGCAAUGAACAGCACGCGCAUUCUUUGGAGCAAAACAUUCAACUGUACAGUACCUUGCACUGACACUGUUCCUGUUAUUGCAGUUUCUGCAUUUAUUCUUUUUCUACCUGUUAUUUUCUAUCUCAGCAGCUACUUACAUUCCGAGCAAAAGAAGCGCAAGCUUAUUUUCCCCAGCCGCAUAAAGUCACAUGCCAAUGCAGUGAAUAUUCAGCAUAAAUGUAACUGAACUGUGAAACCUCUGCAUAAGGAGCCUUUGCACUAUACAGAAAUGGUAACUUGUUUGAAGUUAAAGAAAAAAAAAAAACCUGCACCACAAGGAGGUGUUUAUUUCUACAUUAUCAGAAGGAACCAAGGGGCAAAUUCACUAAGAAUCGAAGUU